GUAAAAUUUCAAAGAAAGCAUGAAAGCUUCUCAACCCUCACGUUCCCUAUUUAAGAAAGGACGAUGAAACGACGGAACCAUCCGGCUGGAAAUCCGAGUUAUCAGAACGAGGGAACCAUCUGGGAGUUGGCAUCAGCCGGCAGCAAAUCGAUUUGGAGGUAACUCUCCCAUCUAUCGGUUGGUUUGGCCAAAUAUGGCUUGCGGAAUCCUCCUUCUCUGGCAACCACCCGUUGCCUCUUUUCUUCUCUUCUCUCAUAUUGCAGGCACUGUAUCUUCCUUCCCUGCGGUUUAGCAAGAGAAAAAUGAGGGCCGUUUAGGAGUGGACUUACAACUAAGUCAGUAAAAUACUUGCAUACGGCCACCACGGGAACACCGGCACCGGAAAAGGGAAGUUAAAGAGAGAGAGAGAGAGAUUUGCACCCAUGGAUAGUUUGAAACAAUGUACUCUUAAGGGUGACAUAAAAACUCUGCAAGACCUAGUAAACGAAGAUGGACAAAUUUUAGACAGAGUUCUGGAGGACUGGGAGGAAACCCCUCUCCACAUAGCAGCCAGGAUGGGACAUGUUGAAUUUGCAAGGUUGGUGCUGCAGCUAAAGCCGGAAUUUUCUGCAGUCAAAGACCAGAACGGGCUCUACCCGCUGCACGUGGCCUCUGCACACGGCGAUGCAGAGAUUGCUAGAGAGAUCCUCCGGAAAGUUGGAGAGAACCGCAUGACAAUGGAUGUCAACAGCCUAUGCCUUCUCAAAGACAAAGAUGGCAAAAAUCCUCUACAUAUAGCAGCUCUCAGGGGCUCGAGAGAAGUGGCGGAGGUGAUCCUAGCCGCCAACCCCAGCUGCCUGCAGGAUGUGACUACCCAAGAAGAGACGGUCUUGCACUUGACUGUCUGCAAUAAUAGGGUGGAACUGCUGAAGUACUUCUUGGGUAAGAAAGAUAUAAGAAGCCUUGUUAACCGAAAGGACUGUCACGCAAAUUGGAGGAGAUCAAGGGAGGAGAUCAAGAACCGUUGAGGAGAACGUUGGAAUUGAGGAGAACGUUGAAAUUAUAUAAGGAAAUAAUAUUUUAAGAAAGACCCAAAUCUGCCUUCAUCUUCUUUGUACCGUUGCCUCAACGAGUGACUAUGGAACGCUUCCUAUUAUAUUGUAAUCUCAUAUAAAGAGCAAGUGUACCUUGAACAAAAACGAUAUAAUGAAAAACAGAGCUCCUCCUUCUUCUA